GUCUGUUGCCAUGGAGCAUGUGGCUCAGUAGAAGCGUCUCAGAUUAUAAAAUCUGCUAGCUACUUAGCCAGUUCCCACGCACAGUUUUCACCGACACUAAACAACGUUCGUGUGAGCGACAACUUUCAGUCAUGGCAUCGGUUUUAGAUGCUCUUUGGGAGGACAGAGACGUUCGAUUCGACAUAACAGCACAGCAGAUGAAAAAUCGACCUGGAGAAGUUCUGAUAGAUUGCCUGGACUCCAUCGAGGACACGAAAGGAAAUAACGGAGAUCGAGGACGACUUUUGGUGACAAACCUGAGGAUUAUUUGGCAUUCUUUAGCGCUGCCUAGAGUCAAUUUGUCUGUAGGUUACAACUCCAUUUUAAACAUCACAACAAGGACAGCCUACUCGAAACUCCGAGGCCAAACUGAAGCCCUGUACAUCCUGACCAAGUCCAACAACACCAGAUUUGAGUUCAUCUUCACCAACUUGGUUCCAGGAAGUCCUCGACUCUUUACUUCCGUCAUUUCUGUGCACAGGGCCUAUGAAACUUCUAAAAUGUACAGAGACCUCAAAUUGCGAGCAGCGCUCAUUCAAAACAAAAACCUGCGACUCUUACCGAAGGAGCAAGUUUAUGACAAAAUCAAUGGCGUCUGGAAUUUAUCCAGUGAUCAGGGGAACCUGGGAACCUUCUUCAUCACCAAUGUGCGGAUAGUCUGGCAUGCUAACAUGAACGAGAGCUUCAAUGUCAGCAUUCCUUACCUCCAGAUCUGGUCUAUCCGAAUACGAGACUCCAAAUUUGGCUUGGCUUUGGUGAUCGAGAGUUCCCGCCAGAGCGGCGGUUACGUGCUGGGGUUUAAGAUCGAUCCUGUGGACAAGCUUCAGGAUGCUCUUAAAGAAAUCAACUCUCUUCACAAGGUGUUCUCUGCCAACCCCAUCUUUGGAGUGGACUAUGAAAUGGAAGAGAAGCCGCUGCCGUUGGAAGAAGUGACGCUGGAGCAGCCUCCCGAUGACGUGGAAAUUGAGCCUGACGAGCAGACAGAUGCUUUCACCGCCUACUUUGCUGAUGGCAACAAGCAACAAGACAGAGAGCCUGUUUUUUCCGAGGAGCUGGGCCUCGCCAUUGAAAAGCUGAAGGAAGGAUUUACUCUUCAAGGACUGUGGGAAGUCAUGAGCUGAAAUGACAGGGAGUGUACAGUAUAUAUCGUUUACUGUGUGCCUGAGGUGAGGAACCUCUCAGUGGGUGCCCUCUCCUCAGAGACUGUAACGGUUGGGGCCUCCCCUACUCCCCGAUAAAGUGACGGUGUAAGUUUUCUGCUCUGUCAAACUCAUGCCAGAAACUGCAAAUCAAUUAAUUUUGCUUAGCAGCUUUGAAAAUAUUUUUCUUUAUUUUUCUCAAACGGCUGCGCUGCCUCUUGGUCUUCUGGUGACUCCAAGAGGAACGGCUAUAAAAAGCAGACAUUCCUUCCAUAGGGAAGGAUUUCCCACCCCUGCCCUUUUGUUGAGGUAUUGUGAUGAUAAAGCCCAGAAGUUUAUUUGUAUAGCAUUGAUAGUUUGUAUUGUAAUAAAUAUGUAUAUGGUCUAUUUAUUGUAAAAAUGAUUCAUGUAGUAAGUAUAAGUCAAUGCUGUUGAAAACAAAUUUGUUUUUGAAUCCAUAUACAGGACAAAUCUGUGAAUGAGCGAGAAAGGUUGUCACACGCAUAUCACGCCACGAGAGGGUUUGUUUCUGUCAUUGUGGUUUCGAAAUGCACAGAAAUGGAAUCACAACUCAUAUUAGUGAUGUGUGAUAUCACUGAUUUUAUUUCCAAUCCGAUAUUGAGUAAAAUUCAGGCUGAUAUCCACGAUAUUGAUCCAAUACUGAUACUUUGUGCAAAGUCAACUAAUGUGUCUGGUAAAUUUUAAAAAGUAAUGUAUUUCAUUUCAUAGCAUAAAGAAUACAUGACAUUUAUUGAAUGAAUGAAUUAAAUUAUUUAAAUUAUUUAUAUGUAUUUGUUAAAAUAAAUAAAUAACGUAAUAAGUUAUUUAAAUAAAUAAAUAAUCUAAUAAGUAAUUUAUUUAUUUUAAACCCUGAAGUAUAUUGAAGUAGCGAGGUGAUUUACAAUAUAGCCAAGCUAAUAUACAACAAUAGAACAAUUACAAGAUAAAACACAAACAUAUAAAAUGUGUGAAUUUUAUUUUAAAAAGUAAAAAAAAAAAAACAAA